UCAUAAUAUUGUGCUCUUAGCUUUCAGGCCUGGUUACUCAUCUCUGGUGAUGAUUCUAAAGGACGUUGGAGAGAUAAACUCCACUGUGUUACGCAGUGAAAACCUCACUUCUGUGACCAGGCUCAGGUUUGAGAGCGCUGGUGUCACAGGGAUCGCCGAAGGGGCGUUCAGUUCUUUCCAGAACCUUACAGAUCUCAGUUUAAAACAGAACUUACUCACAGAGAUUAAGCCAAAGUGGUUUGGUCGGCCUGAUAUCCUCCGUGGGCUCACCCUCACAGAAAACCAAAUUGAAGUCCUGAAUGAGUCCACGUUUAACGGGCUCGUUAGCUUAACAACGCUCAGUCUGAAUAAUAACAGGAUCAGAACAAUUGAGCCAAAUAGUUUUAGCUCCCAGCCCAUCUUGGCUGAGUUGGACUUGUCUGAGAACAGGAUGACCCGGGUCUCACCUCAGGUCUUCAGGGCCCUCAGGUCCACCAGGAUCAGACUAGAUGGGAACCCCUGGGACUGUUCCUGUGGAGCUGAAGACUUUGUGGAUUUCCUGAAAGAUCUACGGAGCAGAGCUCUGCUGGACAGACAGAUGGAGGUGACCUGUGGGAGUCCUCCAUCUCUGAGGGGUCGGCCUGUGUGGAACGUGUCUGUGUGUGUGACGUCACCUCCACCACGACCACCGUCAGUGACUCAAACGGUCCACCCCAAACCCACUGGUAUUCUCACAACAUCCACUGCAAAAGUUGUGACAUCAUCUCCAUCACGACCAACAUCAGAGACAGAAACCUCAGUCCAACCCAAACCCACUGAUGCACCCUUAAUCGAUUCUUCACACACCGCACGACCAGCAUCAGAGACAGAAACCUCCGUUCAACCCAAACCCACUGAUUUCUUCACAACGGUCACUACACCUACUUUAAACACUGUAACUUAUGUGACAUCAUCUUCAUCACCACCAUCAGUGACGGAGAUCUCUGUCCAGCCCAUAACUACACUCACACCCACGGGACUGACUGAAACUUGUGCGACAUCACAACCAUCGUCAGAUACAAAUGUUGUCUGCAUGCUCACUGUUGUGAUGGUGGUCCUGUCUUUGCUCCUGUUUGCGAUGUGUUUCCUGGUGGUGCUGCAUAGGAGGAAACGCAAUAACAAAACAGUGAUGCCUGGAUGUCAAAACGAGAACAGAAGUGAGAUGAAGGAAGACAGCAGUGGUUCGAGUUACACUCAGUCUCCGGCACACUCUGAGAAAAGAGACUUCACUGAAAACAGUCACUGGGACUCAGAAAUGGGAUGGAGGAGAUCCUUUGCUGGAGUCAGAGCUAAGUCAGCUAAUGCUAUUCUCUUUAUGUCUCCUUUUUGUGCAUCUGUGAAAGAUCAAGUGACUUUACAAACAGAGACAGGGGCUCAAUUGAAAGACACAGAAAACCAAGCUGAAGGAAAGCAGAAACUGGGGAAUGAAACUGAAGUAGAUGGAGGAGUUGAGACAGAUAAUCUGACAGACACUACUGAUGUGAAAGCUAAACAAGCUAGUCUAGAUGAAACCCCCCACUGUGUAUCUGUCAACACCGAUACUGUACCUUAUCUGAGCAUCGGUACAAAUCCUGAUGAUUUCAACAAACAGUCCACUGACGGUCCGGGUCAAAGAGCAAAGGUGGGAAAUGUUAUGGGGAGGAUCUCCACCUGGCCUCCGACUGCAAUUCAGUGGCAGGCAAGAUGUAAAAUGAAGGAGGAGGAGGACGGGUGUGGUGUCUUCACUGUUUGGACAGCAAAGUUUCCAGGUGAGGGGAAGAAAGUAUUAAACAAGGUGGGGCAACCUUCUGGUUCUGACCAGGACAAAAAGGAAGAGGAAACUGAAAAUAAUCCAAUAGGAGAGUCCCUAAAAAUAAAUGUACCUCACAUGAAAUUGGGACACUCCUCAAAACCAAAUGACAAGACCACUUCUUUCAGUGAAGCUCAUGCCCACACUGACACCAGGCUAGAGGAGCAGCCAAGGAAGGAGGAGAUGGUCCAGGACCCUGCCACUAUGAGACAGACAACUAGUGAAACCCAAAACCUGAAUCAGGAAAAACUUGGUCAAGACCUUAAACCUGCACAAACUCGUGCACACAAGAACACCAAUAAGAGCAGCAACAAGGCAGAGCAGAGAAAUGAACCAAAGCAGGCUGUGACAAGCAGACAGAAGGCAGAAAACAGACGCACUGGCUUAAAGGCUCCCUCUGGUGGUGCCUCGCCAGAUGAUGAAACCCUGCUGUCUGGCAACGAGUACGCCUUCAUGGACCUGUUGCAUGAAGUCGCGCAGAACAACGGCCGCUGGACCAGAGAGAGGUGGAAGCAGAUACAUGUCAACAAGCAACGGCGUUAGGACAGAGGUGCCAAAGGUGUUUUAGAGAGGGAUUCACUCAAAAUUUAAAGUUGUGUACACAUGACAGACAAUAUUGUAGUUUUAUUCUGUCACUCUUUUUUAAGUUGCUGCUGUACCUAAGCCAAAAUUAAAACAAAUUGUUUGACAUUUUGGUAAAUAUGCUUAUUCUCUGUCUUGGUAAGAGUUAGAUGAGGAGAUUGACACUGCUCUCAAUGUGUGUCCAUUAAAGGGGCACUCCAGGGAUUUUGUAUGGCACUUCCAUAAAAUUGGGGGACGUGAGACUAGAGAUUGAAAAAAGAACGCUCUUGUGCAGCAGAGGCUGAGAUGUCUGGAGUCUCUAGUUUGGGUUCUGGAUCCUACAUUUCCCAUAAUGGUAACAUAGCAUCCUACAUGAGACCUCCUCACUGCUCGCCUUGUCACACAGUUUAAAUAGCCUAUAUUGUCUACUUUUGCUGUCCUAUUUGGAGCAGUUUGUGUUAAAUCAGAUAAAAACAAACUGAAUUAGUGUUGAUAUUGUAUUUUAAUUUGUUGCAACUGUCAGCCAUGGAGGCUUGCAGCCAUUUUGUCCGCUGACUGACACUUCCAUUUCUUUUCACCUGGGAGAUAUCAUUGCUCACAACUUCGAGGCUUACUCCGUUGCUCCUAAUUAUGGUAUAAAUAAAAUGAAUUAUGCUGCAUUCAUGCAUUCAUAAGUAUUUGGUAACAGUUCUAAAGCAGAAUUUCUGGUAUUUUAAUAUGAACUAUUAACACUGUUAAAUGUUAAGGUGUUUCAACUUUUUUUAAUUGAAAGAUACCAUACAUUUUAAGCCAUCGUAUUAGCUACAUUUUACACGGUAAAAAAUUAAACGCAUUACUGUGAAAAUGCGACUAAAACCACAACUUGUCAUUUUCCAGCAUGUGAGUCUGUGUGUGAAGGUUAAAACACCAGCCACGUAAUAAUUCAAAGUCCGGAGACGAGCUGCUCUCUUUUUCAAAGCUCUGUCUCCACUGAAACAGCAGAAAGUGUAAAAGCUCACAGCACCUGGUAUUCCCAGGCCAUCUCCUAUCCAAGUAUUAACCAGGCCCAACCCUGCUUAGCUUCCAAGAGCAGGUGUGUUCAGAGUGGUCAGAGUAGAAUGGCUGUAAGCUGCAGGGGCGCCCAUGAGCGGCCCUUUUAAAGAUGCUGGAACCUCACCUUUGUCUAAACAGGUAGCAACAGUAGAUAUUCAGGAGACAGAUCGUCUUUACUUUAUUGACAAAAUUAGCCUUAAUAGCAUACUCUGCAGUCCCUGUCAGUGUUAUAUUUUUAUGGGCUGUGUUAGAAGGCUAUUAUUGGAUCAUGAUUACGGAUACAUUACCAUGAAAGCACACUAUAAUUACAAAUGAAACUAGAGACCAUGUUGUGAUGGAAUCACAUUCUAAGUAGACAGUAGUCUUUACAACAUGAUCGGGUUAGGACCUCAACACUCCGGUAUGGGAGUGGUAUGAAUCUUUUUUUCUAACUAUCAGCAAAGAAAGCAAAUAAGUCUAUUUCCCGAAAUGUCUCAAAAUUUAUUUUCCUUGCUGCUGCAGUUUAAAUGUAAUAUUGAAAGGCUAUGGAACUGUGAGAUAACGUCAAUACUUGUGAAUAAUAGCACUAAUAAUAACAUUAAUAAAUUAAUUUACACUUAUCUACAUGUGAUUUUCCUCAUAUUCAUCAACAUUUCAUUUUAAUAUCUGAGAUGAAAUAAAAGUCUCUCAAUCAUUUUA